AUGUCACUGAGUACGAGAAUAAAUGGUUACAUCCGUGAGAGUAGCCAACGCGCUCGAGGACUUAUUCUUCUUCAACCCUCUCGUCCUCUACCCCGCGGUUUGUUAGAUGGACCUAGGCGGGUAAUUGAUCCGGAUUCUGGCCAAGUGUCUUACGAAACGACUUCUCGGGAGCUUCAAGUCUCGGAGUAUCGCUGGGAUCAUCAAUUUGACGAACUUCUAGAAGCAAAUUGGGAAGAAUCUGAUGACGAUCAAGAAUUUACCGCUAAAGAAACAAUUGUCGCACAAUUUAAACGCAAGAAACGCCGCGUUCCACGUUUAAUUCAACUUUCAGUUGAUUCAAUUGUGAAGAAUAUUGGUGACAUUACAUAUGAAAAGAUUCAGUACAUACCUUCGCUACAACUCGAGUUUCUCUGGCGCGAGUUGUCCAAGAGUUUUAAUACUUGGAAGGCCUUUUCAAAGGUCCUCGAUCGACACGAAGGUGCUAUUCUAAACCAAUUUCGUUAUUGCAGUUCUAUCGCAGAGCCAAUUCCGUCCUUAUCUAUCUAUACCAAGCCACUUAGUUCAACAAGUUUUGACUUUCUUGUGCACUUAUCCAUCACGACUGCUUUCAAAACUUCGGAUAUGGUUGAGUUAUCUGCAAUAACUAAUCUAGUAGCACUCGAGAUCGUCAACCCUAAGCAUGUCCAUCAUUCCAGAAAUACCGGUAAAUCGUUCGACGCCAGCUUUGGUGACAGGGUCAUAAAAACCUGGAGUGAAGAAGCAAUCAAUGGAAAGGCAUUCCAAGUACUGAGGAUCCUAAAGCUCCGGAAUUUUAAAGAGAUUACGAACAAUUGCUUUCAGCACCUAAAUCGUUUUCCUGCUUUAGCUGUUUUCGAUGUUCUUGACUGCGGUUUCAAUGGAUUGGCUCAACUUGGAGCUGAAAGACUUGGCUGGGAAGUUCACCCUGAUGGAGGAUUACUUGAAAUCUUACAAUCAGACUGUGUGAAGCACAUUAUGGCUUUGCGCACUACUCUUGGUCUUCCCGUCAGAGCAGUUCGAAGAUCUGCUGCAAAACCUUUGUGGGACAAAGCCAAGAUUACAAUGAUUCUCCGAGCAAAUUUAUCAGCCUUUCUUACAGGAGAUCCGACUUCCUCUUCAACAUCAGCACGAAAUAGCGCUUAUCUGUACGCUGAACAGCGAGUUAGAAUGAUGGAGCAAACCCCUGCUGGCCGGGCUAAACUCCGACGAACUGGCUUUUCUCACUUUGAAGCUGUGGAUUAUAUCAGUCGUAAAGAAUUUCGCGAGCUUGAAACCUGGGAAUUCCGCACACUCACCUCUCUUAAUCGUAUCAGUGAACUCCGCAAUGACGAGGACUUGCGUGCUGCUGGCCUAGAAGUUGGUGAUUCGAUUCCUAUUGUUUCUGGUGAAAUCAUAUCAGCGGUUCCUGUUACUUCUCUUCGUCUCGGUCCAGAGCUAUCAUAUACACCAUCGCGCGCAGAUUUACACCAACCAUUCUAUGAUGGAGGAAUGAGUGAUAGAUCUCUCAAAUACACCAGCGGGAACGUAGGAGUCGGAGCAAGGGGAUAUGUAUAUACUCGUAUCAAAAUUCCUGCCGCUAAAACUAGGACACGUGAACAAGCUCAGGAGCAGGAUGAGGGAAAGACUUUUGAGGAGGCUGGUGGCCCGGGAUCUAGGCGAAAUAAGCGUAGGAAGAUUAAGGGAGAAAAGAGACAGCAAAUAGGUGAUCUCUUGGCGGGAGUCAUGGGAGUCAUUUAA